UCAAUUGCCCCCGUCCAUCCUCUCUCUCUGCGCCGCGAAGCUUCCAGAACCCUCUAUUCAUGGAAUCCACCUCCGGGGAGCAUUCAGAGACGGGAGACGAACCGUGCCCUCUCCAGUUUCGAUACACAUACAAUUCUCCCCGCGAUGAAAAGGUAGACCGGCUCCUUCGCGCCGUGUCCGAUGGUUACAUCCCCAAAAUCAAGAGAACGGCGAGACGGCUGAUGGAGCAAACUGGGAUGACCGUGGACGAGGUGAUGAGACGUAUCCAGGUCGAGGAUGCAUUGGAGCAGGGUUACGGUCCGGUGCACAUGGCGGCGUCUUAUGGGAACUUAAAGGUCUGCAAGUUCCUGCUCAAGGAGCUCAAGCUCGAUGUCAACGCUACUGCCAGGGAUGGUGCGACACCACUAGCUUUCGCAAUGUAUGGUAAUGCAUCUUUGGCUAUUGUGAUGCUUCUUCUCGAUUAUGGUGCUAAUCCUAACAAAGAAGACAAAAAUGGGAUUUAUCCUCUCCACAUUGCAGCGCAGAGAGGUUACUAUGAAAUAGCAGAAUUGUUAUUGUCAAGAGGGGCUUAUGUUGACCCUCAGUGGGAAUCUAGAAGCCCACUAUAUAUUGCUGCCAAUUAUGGAAAUGCAAGAAUAGUGGAGUUAUUGUUGCAUCAUGGCGCACAGCCUAACAUAGCGAUGAAAGCAGCAAUCUCGGAACGUUCAUUCAUAGGCUUGAAAUCACUUAUCGAGGCUGGUGCUCCUGUUAAUAUUGGUCUGCCUGAAACUCCAUUGAUAGCAGCUGCAACUGCUGGCUUAACUGACUUCGUCAAGUGUUUGGUGCAAGCUGGCGCAGAUGCAAACAUACCCGAUGAUAAUGGUAGGGUUGCGGUAGAAAUUGCUGCAAUCCAAGGAUACCAAGAAUGUGUCGAGGUUCUUUUCCCUGCCACGGCCCCUUUGGCUGGAGUUGCAGAUUGGAGCAUUGGUGGAUUACUUCAACAUCAUCCUGUGCUCCAUGAAAACAAUGAACCAGAUUAUGAAGCAGAAGUGCUUCAUGAAGACAAUGAACCAGAUUAUGAAGCAGAAGUGCUCCAUGAAGACAAUGAACCAGAUUAUGAAGCAGAAGUUGAAGCAGAAGUGCUCCAUGAUGACAAUGAACCGGAUUAUGAAGCAGAAGGGGAUGCCACAUUCUGUAAAAGGGAUUAUUCUCAUGCAUUGGAUCUCUAUACUAUGGCAAUGGAAAUUGAUCCUGAUAAUUCAACCUUGUAUGCAAAGAGGAGCCUUUGCUUUCUGUACACAGGCUAUGAAGGAAAGGCUUUGGAGGAUGCUACUACCUACAGAGAUAUGCAACCAGCUCUUGCUCUGGUCAAGGAGUAUUGCAUGACAUGCGAAGCACUCUUGCCUGGCUUGAACUCGGAUUUUUAAGCAAACCAACUGACGAAGCGUUCGGGGAAGGACAAUCCGUGAAGAAAGGUUAUUAGUGUACAGGGAAGAAAGAAGGUUGUUACUGCACAGGAAAAACAGAGGUUCCUAGCUGUUACUGACAGGCAAGAACGGAGAUUCUAGUUCUUAGUUGUUGAUUCGAUUAGAUGCCACAGUGGCACGGGCAAGAUAAUGAUGCAUGAGCAUCCGUUCAAAAACCUAGAGUGCUGUGUUUUGCUUUUUUCUAAACUGUGGAACUUGUUCAUGUUUUGAACGGCAGUUGUGUGUUAGUACAAAUGUACGCGUCAUGAGCUAUAAAUGCGGUCCAAUGCUGGGCCCAACAUUUAGACUUGAUCAAACAGUUCUGGAAUAAACCAGAUGGUAAUAAUGGUAACACUGAGGGGGUGUUUGGGAGUGAAGUUUUUUCACAGUUUUGGAAGAAUACUACAGUAUUCUCAAAUACUGCAGUAUUAUAUACAGAAUGGUGUUUGGCAAGCUGGCUAAAAUCUCUGUUUUCAAAACUGAAGUAUUGCAAAUACUAUAGUUGUUUUAAGGUAUUCUAAACUUAGGUCUGGACCUCAGUUUCCAAAAUUGU